UCUGUUUGCAAAUCACUUCACACUUUACAAAUAAAUAUGGAUGAGAGUGCAUUUGUUUAUGCAUAUGCAUCAAUAAAUGUAUCACACCAUGUAAAUACAGUACUGAAAUGUGAAUUCUAGGGCUCUGCAUAACUUCUGUAUAUCAAUUAUACACUGUUAUCUUCUGACAGGUUUCUUUUCAACUCUCAAGUCAAUUCAAUUUGACGCCUCCCCUCCUCUUUUUAAAAAUCUGUCUGCCAACCAGAAGCCCCCAUCUACCUAUCGCCUCAGCUAACUGUCUCCCUCCACAGUUCAUGCGCUCACUCAAUCACCCGCUCACCUGUACGCUUGACUGAUUCUCCGAGAGCGAAAGAGUUACAGCUUUCGAAAUGAUUACCAAACUGGACAGUGUUCUCUUAACCCAGAAGAAGUUCAUUUACCACUAUAAGAACAUGCGCUGGGCCAAGGGUCGGUGCGAGACCUACCUGUGCUUUGUGGUGAAGAGGAGGGAUGGCCCAGACACACUGUCCUUUGACUUCGGCCACCUGCGUAAUCGCAGUGGUUGCCAUGUUGAGCUUCUUUUCCUCAGUCACUUGGGGGUGCUCUGCCCCGGCCUGUGGGGCUGCGGUCCCGGGGGCAUUAAGCUCUGCUACUCUGUGACUUGGUUCUGCUCCUGGUCCCCUUGCUUGGACUGCUCGCGCCGCCUGGCUCGGUUCGUCGCCCAAACCCCAAACCUCAAACUGCGCAUCUUCGUCUCUCGCCUGUACUUCUGUGACUCAGAGGACAGCGGGGAGAGGGAGGGACUGAGGAUCCUGAAGAGGGCAGGCGUCCAGCUCUCCGUCAUGAGCUACAAAGAUUAUUUCUACUGCUGGCAAACCUUUGUAGCCAGCAGAGAAAGAGGAUUUAAAGCCUGGGAAGAUUUGCACCGAAACUCUAUCCGACUAGCCAGGAAACUCAAGCGUAUUCUGCUGCCCUGUGAAACCGAAGAUUUAAGAGAUGCUUUUGCUCUCCUUGGAUUCUGAAACAUCACUCCUCUCAUUCUCCAUUUUGAUGAUCUCCGUGAAAUAACGGGAAUCUCAAGAUUAUAACUGUAACACGGUGCUAUAUCCCUGAAACUUGAAUUUACUCCUACUGUAUGUGUAGCAUUAAUG